AUGUUCACUAAAAGCAAAGCAAGCAUUACAAGCCUAGCGCAGGGGGCGUUAACAUUUGUUCGUUUCAAAAGACAAUCCACCGGAGCCAAUCAACUAAACGCAUCAACACAAAAGAUAGUCAAUCAAUUAUCAGUAUUAUCAGCCAGUAGGAAGCAGCCACAGCUAUUAAAACUAUGCAACGAAGAUUUAAUCAAGCACAGAACGAUUAUGAAUGCAUGGAAAUUGCUCCAACGUAAGAAACAACAAAAGCAACAGCAUCAAUUGGACUUGCAAUACAAGAGUAUACGUAAUGCCAUGGAAGAUUUGAAACAGACUAGUCCUGAAUUGUUUGAGAUGGCCAAUGCAAAGAGCAAAUUGAGAUUUACCACGUUCCCUAUUGAAAUGAGAGUUCCUACGGAUUACCCACCUACGAAACCAUGGGUAUAUGCUUAUUCGUCAAAGAAGUAA